UAAAGAAAUCUAGCCAACCAAUUGCAUUCAUUUUUAAGUGAAUAUACUAGUAAAAUAAAAACAAUAAAUAAACGCAGAAAAAACAGAAACCAACAGAAAGAAAAAACUCCAUAGUGUUGUAGGUUUUAUACAAGUUUAAAUAACUAGACCUGUUGAUAUUUGAAUUGUUUAUUUGCUUGUUUCUGCUACUACUACUACUCGCUUACUAAGAAGAGACCUAAAAGCAAAACAACCAACUUGUAUACGUUUCAGUUUGAGCGCGCUUGUCAAAGCGUACGGUUGUUUUGAAAAAGCCUCCAAAUUUAUAAGCAAAAAUACUAGCACUUUAAGCUAGUUUGCUUUUAUUUAAAUAUCAACUAUAACUCUUGCUUAAUUUCCAAUUGAUUAGACAUGACUGAUUACGUUGAAUUGCACAAACGUCUGACGCAAGUUGGCCAGGAGCAUUUGCUCAAAUUUUGGGAAGAAUUAUCGGAGACAGAACGUGCACAGCUAAAGUCUGAUAUAGCUGAACUAAAUUUGGAUGAAUUGAAGUUAUAUUUUGAUCGUGCCACAACUUCAUUAACACAAAAUGGUUUAAAACUGGACGAUCGUUUGCAACCCAUACCAGAAUCUAAGGUUAUUAGUAUUGCCCGUUCCUCUGAAGAGACUUUGAAUGGAUAUCGUGAUGAAGGUUUAAAGCAAAUUUCUUUGGGACAUGUAGCCGUUUUACUUAUGGCAGGUGGACAAGGAACCAGAUUGGGUUUUGCUCAUCCUAAAGGCAUGUAUGACGUUGGUUUACAAUCCCACAAAACUCUAUUUCGCCUACAAGCUGAACGUAUUUUGAAAUUGGAGGAAUUGGCCUUUGAGGCAACUGGCAAAAAGGGUGUCAUUACUUGGUAUAUAAUGACUUCAGAACACACUAUACAACCAACUUAUGACUACUUUGUGGCCAAUAACUACUUUGGUUUGAAGAAGGAAAAUGUUGUACUGUUUCAACAAGGUUCAUUGCCCUGUUUCGAAUACGAUGGUAAAAUUAUAUUGGAUCAAAAGCAUCGCAUUGCGAGAGCUCCUGAUGGCAAUGGAGGCAUCUAUCGCGCUAUGAAACAACAAGGCGUAUUAGAUGAUUUGUCUAAAAGGGGAGUCUUGUAUUUGCAUGCCCACAGUGUAGACAAUAUAUUGAUUAAGGUGGCCGAUCCCAUAUUUAUUGGUUAUUGUGUUCAAGAAAAUGCUGACUGUGCUGCUAAAGUAGUGGAAAAAUCCUCACCCACCGAGGCUGUGGGUGUAGUAGCAAUUGUGGAUGGCAAAUACCAAGUAGUGGAGUACAGCGAAAUAUCUGCCAAAACUGCCGAAAUGCGUAACUCAGAUGGUCGUCUCACUUUUAAUGCCGGCAAUAUUUGCAAUCACUUUUUCUCAACUGCGUUCUUACAGAAAAUCGCCAGUACUUUUGAGCAGGAACUCAAAUUGCAUGUUGCCAAAAAGAAGAUACCAUUUGUAGACAACUCAGGCAAACGGAUUACUCCAGAAAAGCCAAAUGGCAUUAAAAUUGAAAAAUUCGUAUUCGAUGUCUUUGAAUUUACACAAAAAUUCGUCGCUAUGGAAGUGCCCCGAGAUGAGGAGUUUAGUGCUUUAAAGAAUGCCGAUUCAGCGGGCAAAGAUUGUCCCUCGACAGCCAAAGCUGAUCUUUAUCGUUUGCAUAAGAAAUAUAUUGAGGCAGCUGGUGGUCUGGUUCAUGGCGAUGAAUGCGAAAUAUCCCCAUUUGUUAGUUAUGCCGGUGAAAACUUGUCUCCUUUGGUACAAGGCAAAUCGUUUACAACCCCUUUAUAUUUGCGCAGUAAUCGUGACAAUGAAAAUGGUCAUUUGUAAAUCACACACAAAAUAGUUUUUAAAACUUAGUUGUGUUUUCAAUAAGAAGCAGAAGCAAUUUUAUAACAUAAGUUACUUAAAAUUCCAUAUACUUAAAAUGAAACCAUAUUAUUUGUUAUUACGUUAUACAAACAAGCAAAAAUUAAGUAGUUUUUAAAAACUAAACUUAAAAAAUUGUGCAAUUUUUGAUUAUUUAAUUAUUAUUUUUUAUUUGUUUAUGUUUAAAAACAAACUAAAUUGUUACUAUGUAUGUAAUUAGAUUUUAAAGUGAAAAAAGAACUAUAAAUAUAUGUAGUAUGUAUUUGUAACAGAUAUUACUUUAAACUGUCUACUUUUGUCUAUUCUGCUUUAAAGAAUUUUACCCAUAAGAUUUGUAUAAAAACUAAAUUAAAAAUUUGAAAUCUUCACUUUCAGUUUUUGACUGUAUUUUCGUAUAAAAAAUAAAGAAACAACACAUUUCUUUUUAAAAAAUA